UAUUUCAGAUCCAGUUUAAGAUGGAGGGAAGGAGGUUCAAUCAGAUUGGAAUAUUUCCAUAGAGAUUUUAAAAAAGAGGACAUAUUUUAUUGUUCAUAGAGAACAAAUGCGCAGAGAGGAAAUAUGGACCCAGAUACAGAGGAAUAUGUUCGGAGGAUUCAAACCUUAAAUAGCAUCAAGGACAGAUAUAAUUUCACAACGACCUUGAAAUCCAAGAUAAGUCCGGAUCUAAUGCUCUGGAACUUUAUUCGGGAUGAGGAAUACAAGGUGGAAAGUUCAUCUUUCAUUGAGAUUAUGGAGGCGGAGAAAUCUUGGGAGAAACUCAGAUAUUCCAAAAUCCUGAUCCAAAGUCAUAUUGUGAACUUCAACUCUGCCCAGGACCUGCUGAACCAGAUGGCUGCUAAAAACUUUGCCAUCUCUCAUUUCCUCAAAAUUUGUAUAGAGGACAACCUUCUACCCUAUCCCAGUGACACAGUUUCCUUUAUACAUGAUCUCAACUAUAGUUAUCAACUUCUAAAACUAGUCAAGGAUAUAGAAUCCACUAAUGAACGAGUGAGACGGCGUGUGAACGGACAGACUGAAGAGUUCUGGGUUGUUUACGCCAAAAUUGGGCCUGAACCGGUUACAAUACAGGUUCAUGCCUCUGGUAUCCCCUCCCCUCGGUAUGAAUGGUACUACAGACCUAAUGAUGAACCUGGUUCUCCUUCAGAGGAGUUUAAAUGGACUAUAUUACAAGUAAAUCAAUAUUUUUAA